CUGCCAUCCUCCUGGCACCGAUCCCGUAUCGGGUCGCCGGAUCAUGGAGAAUCACUGAUAGGUCACAUCAUACAGUAGACUGUUCAGAAUGCUGUAGAGUCGGUAGACAUGAUCGCACUUGGACGUGGCUGAAGCCUGAGGCCAAUUGAGACUGCAACUUUUGACACUCGCUUAAAUUAUCCGAACUGAUCAACUUAUCCGACCACCCGGCUACAACAUAUCCGACCCAAACCUCAAGCAACCACAUCUUCAGCACUGGUGACAGCAUCGCGAUUCUCUCCACAACAACACCACGCCAACAUCCCACGAAAUGGCACUAACAACUACAAACCCCAGCUCCCCCUCGGCCUCCUCACCGCGGCGCAAGGCCACCCAAUGCUCGUCGAGCUCAAAACCGGCGAAACACUCAACGGCCACCUCGUCAGCUGCGACACAUACAUGAACAUCACAUUGAAAGAGGUCGUGCAAACGAGUCCAGACGGAGACAAAUUCUUUCGGUUACCAGAGUGUUAUGUGCGCGGGAAUAAUAUCAAAUAUUUGCGCGUGCCGGAUGAGGUGGUAGAUUUGGUCAAGGACCAGCAGGCGAAUCAGCAGUCACAGCGCGGUGGGAGAGGUGGUGGACAGAGGGGAGGACAGGGUGGAGGUCGUGGGGAUCGCGGGCGAGGACGUGGUCGUGGUGGGCCAAGAGGAAGGGGGCGUGGAGGCGAUUGA